UACGAAUGUUUUCCGCAACAUCUUCGUGAAUCCACACUCGCUAUCAACGAAUCGCCUUCUAUGCCGGUAAUUAUACGCGCCCGAUGCGUGUACUUAACGCUUCCGCUAUCGUAAUCCAUUCCUUGGCAAAGCGCUCUAUCUGACCAUCGAUGAAUCGUUACUUAAUCAACCUAUCCUACAUCGGCACUCGGUUUCGUGGCAUUCAGCGCAAAAUCGACAAAUCUGCCGGUCAGUUUAAGGAUCCACAUACAGUGCAAGGAGUGAUCGAGGAGGCUUUGCUAAAGUUACGGCCCGUCAAUGAACCAUUGCUGAAGCUGUCGAGUCGAACGGACACGGGCGUGCAUGCGCUGCACAAUACCGUCCACGUAGAUUUGCAGCGCCCGAAUGGAAAACCGUACGAUAGCGAUCGCAUAACCAAAACGCUGAAUCGUGCGUUCGAAAAAGAUGGGCAAUCUUUACGCAUCCUCAGUACGGUGCGUGUUCCGGCUUCUUUUCACGCACGCCUGUGCGCCAAAUCGCGUACGUACCUUUACCGGUUGGCGGUGCUGAAGAGGGAGUAUGCCCGUGAGUCCGGCCGGCAGCAGCAUCCGCACGCACGCUUCAUUCCGAUCGAGGAGCACGAUCGCUGCUACUUUUUAGGACACUCGGAGUUUGAUAUAAACGCGUUUGCUAGCGUUGCUCGGAUGUUUGAAGGAAUGCAUGACUUUCGCACGUUCAUGGCCGUUGCUAAGGGCAACCCAAGACAGCAGGAAGCGAUGCAUUCACUGAGACGCAUCGACCAGAUCACGGUUGAAAGGGGACACACGAUGACGGCGGCUUUUAAUAGGGAACGGACUGAGCACUACUAUGACUUUUGGGACGUACGGAUACGGGGACGAUCGUUUCUGUACCGUCAGGUGCGGCGCAUGGUUGGUGCUUGGGUGGCUGCAGCGGAAGGGCGAAUUACCGAGCGGGACAUUUAUCGCAUGCUAACCGUGCCGUCGCAGAACUCCUGGUGCAGCAACGUAUUUGUAGCGCCCGCGUACGCACUCUACCUUUGCCACGUCGAGUACGACCCGAUUGAUCUUGCGUUUCCCGCCGCAGCCGACGAGAGCAACGAUGGCCAGCUUUCUCGAGCAAUUGCGCAACCGUAA